AUGCUGCAACCCCCCGACAAUCGCAUGCAAGUUGACGACCAGGAUGACUUGCGCGUAAGUCUUUUUGCAUACUCGCACCAGAGCCAUCCGCUAACCGCGUCCCUCAUGCAGUACAUCAUGGACAUGUUCCAGUAUCACACGGCUGAGCUGACGGCAGCCAAGGACAACCUCAAACAGAUGCAGUUGGCCCUCGAAGCCAAGUACUCCAAGCUGCAGAAGCUUCAUGGUAUUCUACAGCGAUACGUCCGACAGAACCCUGGCAUCCCUAUUCCUGAAGAUCUCCACUUCCGCGGAGAGAGAGAGCUCCAAGUUCGCACGGCAGGAUCGGCCGACUAUGAGGUCUACGUGCUCAACGCCGACAUCAACCAGGAUGAGAGCGGCAACUUGACUCUGGCUGGUCCACGCGACCACCCCGACGUGGGACAGACCCAGCGCGCCCGCAGUGGUAGCCUCCCCCGCGCCCGAGUUUUCGCGCACGGGAUGCCUCGCGAUGAGGUUGACCGGCUCACCGCCCUCUACGAGAAUCAGUCGCAGAGCCCUCCUGCCACUCUCACUGACAUCCACGAGCGCGCUCACGCCCACGCCGCUGCCCAUGCUUACAACGACGACGCCGAGAGCGUCCAAAUCGCUGAGGCCGUUGAAGUCCCCCAGGCCGACGCCGCCGAGGCUGUUCAGGUUCCUCAGGCUGCUCGACCCGCAGAGCAGGUCCAACUCUACGAGAAUUAUGGAGGCAUCAGUCCUGAUCCCACAGGCCGCAGACGUAUCGAGAACCAUCCUGGAUACUCCGACCUCGAUGUCUUCCAGCGACAGGAAAUCGCUGCAAGUUGGAUGCGCGGGCUUCCGCCGAAUGAUCCCCUUCAAGCCAUGGCCCCGCCCGCGGCUGACCCCCACGCGUGGCUUCAAGAUAACAGCCCGCCGCAGAUCAACUCCAUCACGCGGCCUUCACCUGACGUGCGAACCCUCUAUUCUCGUGAGAGAUACCCGGCGAGAGAGUACACCCCGAACCCCCCGUACCCCCCGACAAUGACGCAGGAGUUCAACCGGCCCAUGAGACCCCGCUCUGCGGCUGAUUCCUGGACGGGUGCCCAGUACGUCUAUCCCGAGGAGCCGUACAUGGAUUUACUUGGCAGGCUGGUAGCACCGGACGGUCCGCCAUCCGAACGGGAAUUCAUGGAGAUGCUCAACUUUCCCGGCGACGCCGCGGACUACACGGUUGCGGAGGACUUUGACAAAACCUACCGCGAGGAGAACGACAUCGAGGAUGCCUUCAUCAAGGAAGAGGGCACGGAUGGAGACGACUUCUACAUCAAGGAGGAAGACUCCGACGGAAUGGACAUGGAGGGAGUCCCCAUCAAGGAAGAGAACACCAACGGCAGCCACAUUAAGGAAGAGGAGAUGUGGUAUGGGGUCAUGGAUAACGCAUACUGA